CUUCUUUAUUGUUUUUUUUUUCUCUCUCUCUAUCUCUUGAAAUCUCCAGGAACUCCAUUGCAUGUAUUAAUCUUUAUACAAAACCCUCAAUCUAUCUAUCAAUAUCUCCUGUGAUAGAAAAGAGGGUUUCAAGAAAGAUUUAAUUUUGUUUUCAAAAAAAUCUUAAAUUUGGAGAAGAAAGAGAGAAAAGAGAUUUUCCAGGAAUGUGCUUUUAUGUCGGCAGAUUUUUUGGGGCAACAGUAAUUCUCUAGUUUGGUCUUUUGAAGAUCUUGUUGUGUCGUGUAUGUUUGGCACUUCUCUAUUUCAGAUGCCGGAGAAACCUGUAAACCACUUGUUGCCGUAUUCAUGGGUUUCCAGAUCCUACUCUAUGAUUCUUUUUCUGUUUAAGAUCCUCACAUUCUCUGCAUUUUGUGGAAUUUUCUUCUUUUGGGGAUUUGAUGGAUUGGGUUUCAAUAAUCUUCAUAAAGAUUUUCUUCAACUCACACCCAAUUCGUCCUUCGAUGAUGAUAAUCAGACAACAACAGAAGUAGUUUUCAAGCACGAGAUUGAGAUUGAAUCUGUUCUUCCUGUUUUAUCAUCAUCUCAAGAUAAUCUGAACGUUUCAGAUGGAUAUCAUGAAACCCUAAUAAUCAAUGAUUCUUCUUUACCUAUUCUUGAUUGGGUUUCAGCUGAGCUUGAAACCAAUUACUCUUCCUUUAUUCUCAAUAGAUGGUUACAACCAGGUGGUGUUCCUUGUAGAGAUGCUCGAUCCGUACAGAUUUCGAUUCCUGGAUUAGAUGUUGUCGACAGAGUAUUCCAACUGUCGACUGAUGAAACCCAUGAAUAUUUUUUUCAAACUUUGGAUGAUAACGGUGUUCCUGUCUGUUUGGGCGGCGAUUAUUUCGAAAUAGAUCUCUCCGGCGAAUCAUGGAAAUCACGGCCGCCGUUUAAAGACUACGGCAACGGAACAUACUCUUUUUCUCUACAAGUUCAUAAUGAGUUUCCCGGUGAUUAUAAUCUCACUAUCAUCUUACUUUACCGACACUUCGAAGGCCUUAGAUUUGCUCCCCAUAGAUUCAUUUUUGAUAGAAAAUUACGCACAAUACCUAUCAAAUUUAACAAAUCUCCGGUUGAGUUACCCAAGAUUGAAACCUGCACCGGCAAUGAUUUCAGUCGGGAUGUUUGGUCGGGUCGAUGGACAAGGCUGGCUAAAAAUGAUAAGUGUCAGGUAGACUCUGCCGGUCGGUAUCGGUGUCUAGACAAAGAUUUACCUUGCCGGAAUCAAUGGUGCUCCGGCGCUCUUGAUAAACUGGAAAGUAACGGAUGGACAUAUUCUACACAUUGUUCUUUCCGUAUCUUCUCCGGCGAAUCCGCCUGGGAAUGUCUUUCCGGACGAUGGUUGUUCUUCUGGGGAGAUUCUAAUCACUGUGAUACACUAAGAAACAUGCUGAAUUUCAUCCUCGACGUCAACGAAAUCAAGAAUGUCAGUCGAAAAUUCGAUAUGAACAUCGUAAAUCCCAAGAAUCAUUCACAAUCGGUCAGAAUAACCAACAUAUUCAACGGCCAUCAUGACUACUGGAACAACUAUCUCGGUCUUGAAUCCCUAAAGAAUGAACAAUACCGAAACCAAUUGAAAGAGUAUUUCUCCGGCAAGACAGUCCCAGACAUUUUAGUGAUAAACUCCGGUCUCCACGACGGCGUCUACUGGAAAAAUCUCCGGUGGUUCAUCGGCGGGGCUGGAUACGCGGCAGAGUUUUGGGCAGGGGUGAUUGAUUCAAUUCGGCAAAGGGGAUUAAACCCACCCAAAAUCAUCUACCGGAGCACGGUGGCGACCGGCGGGUAUGCCCGCGGUCUGCAAUACAAUCCGGCGAAGAUGGAGGCGUUUAACGGCGUAUUUCUGGCGGAGUUGAGGCGGAUGAAGGUGGUGGAUAUGGUGGUGGAUCACUUUGAUAUGACUUAUCCUUGGCAUUAUGAUAACCGUUGUAACGACGGCGUACAUUACGGCCGAGCUCCGGCGAACAUGCGGUGGCGGGAUGGGAUAAUUGGACAUCAGUAUUUUGUCGACCUAAUGUUGUGUCACGUGCUAUUGAAUGUAAUGUGCGCACAUUAGUUGGGCGGUGGUGCUAGUGUGCGCCGGUGAGUGAUUGAAUUGGACAGACAAUUUUUGUUGGGUUGGCACAGCUGGAUGGAUUGAAAAAGACAUUUUAUUUAAAAUUAUUUCAUGGUCGAGAGAGAAUGUGAGAUAUAUUAUUCAAUUAUUUGUAUGUUAAUACAAUGGUUGUGUCUUCUGUGAAUAUAAUGGUAAAGAAUAUAUUACA